AUGGUAGUCUCGUGGGCAUAUCUGCUGGGGGCCGUCCCGCUGCUCUGCCUGGCCUUCUGGCACGCCGCGGACGCGUGGUACCGUGCCAUCUUCUUCCUCAAGCACGGCAGCAAGAAGGACAGCAAUGGUGUCCGCCGCCGCCUCCCGCCGGGCCACAUGGGCCUGCCCUUCCUCGGCGAGACGAUCUCCCUGCUCUGGUACUUCAAGCGCCUGCGCCGCCCCGACGAGUUCAUCCGCGCCAAGAGGCGCGCGUACGGCGGCGAGGAGGUAGGAAUGUACCGGACGCACCUGUUCGGGUCCCCCACCGUGGUCGUCUGCGCACCGGCGGCCAACAAAUUCGUGUUUCAGGCCGGGGGAGACACCUUCGGCGUCCGGUGGCCUGUGCCGGAGCUAGUGGGGCUUAAGGCCAUCGGGAUCGUCGAGGGCGGCCACCACACCAGGCUGAGAGGAGUCAUCGUCGGCGCCAUCAACCGGCCUAGCUCGCUCCGGACCAUCGCCACCGUAGUGCAGCCGAGUAUCGUGGCGGCGUUCAACUCUUGGGCCGGCAUGGGCACUAUCGUCGCCUCCGACGAGGCCAAAAAAGUGGUGUUCACGAGCAUUUGCAAGAUGUUUGUAAGCAUGGAGCCUUCGCCUCUAACAGUUAAGAUCAACCAGUGGUUCACCGGCUUGCUCGCGGGCCUGAGGGCAUUGCCGCUGGAUUUUCCAGGGACGGUGGUCCACGAGGCUCUCAAGUGCCGCCGGAAGCUGAAUACCGUGUUUCGGGAGGAGAUAGAGGCGAGAAAAUGUAUGAGCAAAAAGCAUGACGAUGUGAUGAGCGGGUUUAUGGAAACAGAGGACGAGCAAGGGAUGAAGUUGAGUGAUGAUGAGGUCGUGGACAACAUCUUGUCUGCCAUUGCUGCUGGCUACGAGUCCACUGCCACCGCAAUCAUGUGGGCCAUGUACCACCUUGCCAAAUCCCCUGUUGCUCUUGCCAAGCUCCGAGAGGAGAAUGUGGCAAUGAGCAAAACUAAAGGUAGCUCAUAUUUUAUUACACACGACGACAUCCCGAAGAUGAAGUACACGACGAAGGUAGUGGAGGAGACGAUUCGCAUGGCCAAUAUCGCAUCGAUGAUGCCCCGCGUGGCGAAGAGAGACGUGGAAUACGGCGGGUACACCAUACCCGAGGGGUGGCAGGUGAUGGUGAUGGUGAGGUCGCUCCACACCGACCCGAACUACUACCCAGAUCCACUUACCUUCAACCCCGAUAGAUGGAGCGAACCAGCCAAGCCAGGAACGUAUCAGGUGUUUGGAGGCGGGUACAGGAUCUGCCCCGGCAAUAUGCUCGCCAAGCUGCAGCUCACCAUCAUGCUCCAUCACCUCUCCAUCGGCUACGAAUGGAAGUUGCUGAAUCCUAACGCUGAGAUUAAUUACCUUCCGCACCCAAAGCCAGUGGACGGCGCGGCCAUGGCCUUCCGUAGGCUUGCUACAAAAUGA